GCCGGUGAUCCUAGCUCUCCUGUUCCCAAGUUCGUGGUGAAGCUAAAUACUGGAGACUCUUGCUUCCGACCUCCAAAGCUUCGCCCACAAACAUGGCUCUCCCGUCGCCAGCCGGCAUUGCGAAGCCCAGCCUUCACCUGCUCUUUAACAACAGACGCGCGAGCUCCUCUAUCACUUGCUGCAGCUACAACGCGCGGUCAUCCGAGGACGGAGCAGCGCCGACUAUCGAUGCUGACUGGCGCUCGUUCCGAGCACAGCUCAUUUUGAAAGAGCAGUACUCGAACAGCGUCAACCCAGCAGCUGCAGCGGUUACAGCGGCAAAGCCAGGGCCAGCGAAGAUCGCUGACAAGUGGGCACAUCCACUGGUCGAGCCAGAGAAGGGGUGUCUCUUGAUCGCGACAAAGAAGCUGGACGGAUCACACAUCUUCGAGCGCACGGUGAUCCUCCUCCUGUCCGCUGACAUGGGCGUGAUCCUGAACAGGCCAUCGCUCAUGUCCAUCAAGGAGGCACAGUCAAUAACUGCGGAGACCGAUAUAGCUGGCGUGUUCUCGGGGCGUCCGCUCUUCUUUGGCGGGCCACUGGAGGAGUGCUUCUUCCUGCUGGGACCACGGGAAGCUGCCAACGAUGUCGUGGGUCGGACAGGGCUGUUUGAGGAGGUCAUGCCAGGCCUGCACUAUGGUAUGCAAGAGAGUGUGGGGUCCGCGGCAGAGUUAGUUAAGCGUGGGGUCGCCGACAUGCGCGACUUCCGGUUCUUUGACGGAUUCUGUGCAUGGGAGCACGAGCAGUUGCGUGAUGAAGUACGCGCUGGGCUGUGGCGUGUAGCUGCCUGCAGUCCUCCCGUGCUUGGGCUCACUAGUGUUGUCAAGGGAGGGCUCUGGGAGGAGGUGCAGGAGCUCGCCAGAAAGAGGAGAGUGUGGUGACUAGUUAGUUGUGUAUGUGGGGUAAGAGAUGCCAAGAGCAACAUCUUUUAUCAAUAUACAGAGUAUAAGCUCCUCAUCAGCAGUGGAUGUGAUCAGGUCAACCUUGUAUUAUGCAUAUGCUAGAGGACCUUCUACAUGUAGAUAUUUAAGCAAAAGAAGAAGAAAAAUCCUAUGAGUGAAACAUUGAACCAUA